AUGACCCAGCGAUCCUCCGUCACCAUCAAGUCAGGGGGCACCCGGAAUUUCAGCGCUUCCUCCGCCAACCUCCUCCCGGGCUGCAGGACCAGCUUUAGCUCCGUCUCUGUGUCCCAGGGCGGGAAGUGUUUUGGGGGCAACCUCGGUGGUGGCUUUGGGACCAGGAGCCUCCAUGCCCUGGGGGCUGGUAAGAGAAUCUCCGUCGGAGGAGGUUACCGGUCCGGCCGGGCCAUCUGUGGGGGCGCUGGCUAUGGGCUGGGUCUCGGGGGCAUUGGGUACAGAGUCGGGGGAGCCUGCAGUAGCUAUGGAUAUGGAGGUGGGAUGGCAUCCGGGGCUGGGGGCAUCCAGGAGGUCACAGUCAACCAGAGUCUGCUGACACCCCUCCACCUGGAGAUCGACCCCUCUCUGCAGCGGGUACGGAAGGAAGAGAAGGAGCAGAUCAAGACGCUCAACAACAAGUUCGCCUCCUUCAUCGACAAGGUGCGGUUCCUGGAGCAGCAGAACAAGGUCCUAGAGACCAAAUGGAGCCUCCUUCAGGACCAGAAAACCACCAGGAUCAACAUCGAGCCCAUGUUUGAAGCCUACAUCAACAACCUGAGGCGUCAGCUGGAAGGUCUGGGUGGGGAGCGGACCAGGCUGGAGACAGAGCUGAAGAGCAUGCAGGAUGUGGUGGAGGACUUCAAGAACAAGUACGAAGAAGAAAUCAAUAGGCGCACAGCUGCAGAGAACGAGUUUGUGGUGCUCAAGAAGGACGUGGACGCUGCCUACAUGAACAAGGUGGAGCUGGAGGCCAAGGUGGACGCGCUGACCGACGAGAUCAACUUCCUGAGAGCUUUCUACGAGGCGGAGCUGGCUCAGCUGCAGGCCCAGAUCUCUGAGACGUCCGUGGUGCUGUCCAUGGACAACAACCGCUGCCUGGACUUGGACAGCAUUAUCUCUGAGGUCAAGGCCCAAUACGAGGACAUCGCCAACCGCAGUCGGGCUGAGGCCGAGUCCUGGUACCAGACCAAGUACGAAGAGCUGCAGCGGUCCGCGGGCCAGCACGGGGACGACCUCCGCACCACCAAGAUGGAGAUCUCCGAGCUGAACCGCGUGAUCCAGAGGCUGCGCUCCGAGAUUGACAACCUCAAGAAGCAGUGUGCUGCACUCCAGGCCGCCAUUGCGGACGCAGAACAGCGUGGGGAGCUGGCCCUCAAGGACGCCAAGCACAAGCUGGCCGAGCUGGAGGAGGCCCUGCAGAAGGCCAAGCAGGACAUGGCCCGGAUGGUACGCGAGUACCAGGAGCUGAUGAACGUGAAGCUGGCCCUGGACAUCGAGAUCGCCACCUACCGCAAGCUGCUGGAGGGCGAGGAGUGCCGACUCACCGGCGAGGGCGUCGGACCUGUGAACAUCUCCAUGGUCUCCUCCUCUUCCGGGGGCACAGGCUACAGUGGGGGCGGAGGCCUCUGCGUGGGCAGCGGCGGCUAUAGCGGCGGGCUGUGCUAUGGCGGGGGCACCAGUGGCUUCAGUUCCACCAGCAGCCGUGGCACGGGCGGCGGCAGCAGCUCCAGCAUGCGCAUCAUCACCAAGACCUCGUCCACCAAGAAGAGUUACAGGAGCUAA